AUGAUGAGAUGGUGGCCAAACAAAGCCAGGAAAGAAAUUCAAAAAUUUUUGAGAAGGCAGCUUAUUGAGGGGAACUUCAACAUUUUAACUCAGUACUUAUUAGCAUCAAAUAAUUGGUGUUUGCCUUACUUCAAACAAAUUAGAUGCACAUUUCCAUCCUUUCGAAGUUGCAAAAACACAAAGACUACUGUUUCACACCUUGCUUCAAGCCUUGUCCGUGUCUGCAUAUAUGGCAAUUUAAGUGCUUCUAACAUGAAAACUUUUCGAUCUGCUGCAGACUUGCAAGUCAUAAUGAUGGCAGAAGCAAUAAUUGAUGUCCCAGCUAUCCCAAGGAUAAAUAAACUUGAAAGUGUUAACAUGAGGAGGCACUCUACCGGGAAGUUGUUCAUGCCAAAUGGUGGACUAACAGUUUUUUCACGUUAUCUCAGAAGUCCACAGGGUUCUUGCCAUGAUAUUUGCAAAUAUGGAACAAGUUUUACACUUGAAACAGAGUCAAAGUGCCCAAGGAGUCCAAUGCCUAAAAUAGUUAUAACAAAACAAGGUGCAGGUCGAACUCUGGAAAGAACUGAAAGUAAGUUAGGGGAGAGAAGGAAGAAAUCAGAAAUUAGUCUCAAGGUUUCUCCUGAUUUCAAAAUUCAGGAACCCAAUGAUCCUGUUGUCAUCAAGAUUGCACCAGCACAAGGAGAACACCAUGUGGAAAACGUUGAAGCAAAUUUAACCAGUGCAAAGAAAUACAAAAUUAGUGUCCAGCCUUCUGAUGAUACUAAACUGCAGAAACCAGACUAUCCUGUUGUCAGUCUUAAGCCCUCUCCUGAAGAUCUAGUUGACAUCAAAACUAUGGCAGUGGAAGAUGAAUCCCAAGAUGAAGAACAAACUGAAACUAAAUUAUCAAGAGGAGAGAAAAAUCCGGAAGUUAGCGUGAAGCCUUCUCCUGAUUCCAAAAGCCAGAAACCUUUUGCUCCUGAUUGCAUUGAAAGUGAAGCAUCUUCAUGGACUGAUAAAGAAUUUGUCUCACCAAAACAAAUGUUAUUACCUCUCAAGGAAACUGAUUUUACCAUUGCACAUGCAAAAGGUUUAAAGCUGAAGCCUCAAUCAAAGGCAUCGUCUCUCCUAAGGCAGGCAUGUUCAAGUAGCAAACAGAACUUUGAAGGCUGGAAAAGGAAGGAAACACAUAUUUUGUUGAUGACUUCACAAGGAGUUUCUAGUGGAAGAAAUAAAGGUGAAAUGACAAUAAGCAAAGGCAUGAGGUCCACUGAUAUUGGUGAUAAGAAAAAUGUGAUGCCACCAACUAUUUCUUUGUCUCCUGAAGAACCCAAUACCAGUUUUUCAAGCAUGAAGGCCAAAAAAGAGAAGUUGAGAGGAGUUUAUCAUUCCCAGAAGCAGGAGAAUGCAAAGCAAAUUAAGCCUGAGAAGUUGUGCUGUAAGAAUGCCAAAGGGUCUGAUAACCUAAAGGGAGUUUCUCAUUUGAUGGACCAAGAGAAUGUUAAGAAACCUAACUCUGAGCAAGCCAAGUUUUCAAAUAUUCCUGAGAAGACUUUGUACCUAAUUGAGUCAAAUCCUGAGAACAAGCCUGCAGAAUCUAUUCAAAGUAGUGUUUUGUCUGUAAUGCCAUCUUCAUCCUCUGAGGACAAGAGCAUGAAACACAAUCGAAACAGAAUUCCUGAAGGCCAAUCACCUUGGGCAUAUGGAAAGAAGAACAUGAUAUACAGGCCAAAGGGAAUUCAUGCCUGUGAAUUGCCUCCUUCCUUAUCCUCAAUGCCUUGUAAGAAAAGCUUGAGAUCCACUCCAAAAGGAUUGAAUGUCACUCAACCAUCUUUAACAUCCUUGUCAUUAUUGGCAUCAUCCAAGUCUUCCCAUGGUGAUGGCUCGUCUGAACAUGAUAAAGCGGCUGCACAAAACCAAAAAAGUACCUCAAAAAUGACGUGCAAGGGUAGACCUAAAACGGCUUUGAUAAUUACUUCAAAAGAUAAACAUUUGCAAGGUGAAAAGUUGAAUUUUCAGAGAGGAAAGAUGAUUGAAGUUCUGCCUGAGGAUUGCACUCCAAGGAAACUUGCAAUCGAGCAAAGAGUGCUCACUGACAACAGAAAUGAUGAUAACAGAAACGGCAAAGUUAAGGACUGCACUCCAAGGAGACUCAAGUUCAGGCGAAGAGUACUUGUUGAUGACAGAAAUGGUGAUAACCAAAAUGGUAGAGGUGAGGAGUUUACUCCAAGGAGACUCAAGUUCUGGCAGAGGGUUCUCGUUGACAACAGAAAUGCUGAUGAUCAAAAUGGUAAAGGUGAUGACUGUACUCCAAGGAAACUUAAGUUCAGGCAAAGGGUUCUUGUUGACAACAGAAACGCUGAUGAUCAAAAUGGUAAAGGUGAGGACUAUACUCCAAGGAAACUUAAGUUCAGGCGAAGAGUUCUUGUUGACAACAGAAAUUCUGAUGAUCAAAAUGGUAAAGGUGAGGACUGUACUCCAAGGAAACUUAAGUUCAGGCGAAGAGUUCUUGUAGACAACAGAAAUUCUGAUGAUCAAAAUGGUAAAGGUGAGGACUGUACUCCUAGGAAACUUAAGUUCAGGCGAAGAGUGCUGGAUGACAAUAAAACUAGUUAUAUCCGAAAUAGUGAAGGUGGCACUAGCGAAAACAAUUCCAGAGGAACAGCAGCCAAUGUUUCCCAGGAUAAUGCCACUGAAGUCCAAUCUGAAAGAAUUUCUUUGAGACAUAAUGAUGUUGAAGAAAAGAAAGAUUCAGGAAUUUUAUACAACAAUAUGAUUGAACAGACUGCAAGUCAGCUUGUCAGGACCAAUUCAAGUAAGGUGAAGGCUUUAGUCAGUGCUUUCGAAACUGUCAUCUCUCAUCUGGAUACGAGGUUCUAACAUACACUGAGUUAUUGAAGGCCGAUAUGGAAUAACAAACUUCUGGAGAAUUUGUAGUAACAAAAUAUGAUAAAGUUUGUGUAAUUAAGAGUUAUCCUUGUGCUUUUGCCCUGUAUAUUGGACCUAAAGAUUGUUUCGCUUUGUUUCAUCUUUGUCCCUGUAAAUCUGUGAUCCAGUUUGAUACCUUAUAGAUGGUAAACUUGUCUUUAGAUAGUGAUCAAACUUUGUUUUGCUUUGUUUCAUUUAACUAUGUGAUAGUUAUCAAACUUUAUCUUCUUUGUCCUCUAUUAUUUAAAUUAUUUCGAGUAAAUGAAAGUUUCCAUUAUGAAUCUAUGAGGUAUUGUAUUGUUUGAUAAGAAUUCUGGCAAAAAUUAUGCUUCAUACAAUGAUCAAUUUGUUGCGUUGAGGAAAUACAUGUAUUGGUACCAAAGAUCCAAUGAAGAUUGUACAUAAACGAUAUGUGGUUACUUGUUUCCUUGACUAGAUAAGGUUAUUUAUGGAUCAUUAAAAUCAAUGUUUCUAACUACAUACAUGCAAGAAUUCAAGAACACAUUUCCAUUGAGGGCAAUAAUAAGUA